GAAUAACGAAUAAGUUCGUGCCACGCUUAAAGAAGCUACCUGACAUUUUGCCACUUUUAUUUGCUGAAAUUGCGACCCCAUGUCUAAUUCAUCCAGAAUAACGCAGGAUAAUCUUUAUUUUUAUAAAUAUUUUGAUAGAUUCACGGUCGACAUUUUAAGAGAUGACUUGAUAUUACGGGGAUAUGUGACAGACAUCGCUGAUAAUGGGCUCAUCGUCGACUUCCACCAUGAAGGACAAUCAUUACAAACCGUCGACUUCUCGCAAGUCCGUCUCAUGCCCACAAAAUGUCGCACCGCUGAACGUUAUUGCAAAAAAAUAUUCGCCAUCAACUCCCAAGUAGAAGUUCUGUUACGGCCCGCUUUAGAUCAGCCGCAGAUGUGGACACCAACACAAAUACUGGAAUGGGUGCCCGUAUAUCCGCCAGAGAUACACCAGUACACUCCGAGUGAAGACGGACCCUUCGUCCUUGUGCGUAUUCCAAGCGGAAGCACAUCCAAACUCGCAGCCGUAAAAAAUGACCGUUGCCUCGUUUAUGCUAAUGCAAUACGUAUCCGCCAGCGCCGGUUUUGGAAAACGGCAACGCGAGACAGCUUUACCAAAGUGUUGGUGAGGCACGAAGCCUGUUCGCUGCCAGACUGUCCGUACCCACAUACCCCCCUCUUGUACGCGCUUAAACGGCUGGAUGUGGCAGCAAAGCGUCUCUGGUUAGAAUCAACGGGCACACUGAUUUUGGCCGCUGACGAAAGUAGCAUUACCGUACUCUGCCGUGGUACGCGAAAAAAGCGACGGGAGGGACAAUUUCACCGCCUUAUUUUUCAUCAGUUUGGCAUGUUGAUCGAAGAAGGAUUUUGCCGGGGAAUGGCUCAUUUUCGAUGCCUAUUAUUCACCCAAAGAAUGGUUGACGAAGGGGGUACUGCUGUGACCGAAACAUGGUUCACAAAAACCUGCUCAAGGCUAAGGUUUUUUCCGGACUGGUUACGCUCACAGACAGGCGGAUUUUCAAGCAUCUACAAUCACAAGGAACCCUCGCUCCCACUAAUAGGGGACGUUCCGGACUUACUCAUCCUCGAAAUCUUUGCAAACCUGGACAAAGUAGCCGAAACAGACUUACGACGGUCUCGCAUUCAUAUAUUGUCAUUGUUGCUGCACAGGGUCUGUUGGAGAUGGAACACGCUCCAAUCGAGCAAAAUUGCCGCCCGAACUGUCAUUCUAGAUGCUCCACACGGUUACGUGACGUGGCAGGAUAUGAUGAAAUACUUGGCAACCGCGCUCAUUAAUUACACAGAUACUUUUACUCACUCCGUGCUUCUGAAUCAGUUCUUCCACAGUCACAACUACGCAGCGUUACUUGUCAUAACCCAACUAAAUUUACCGCUAAAAUAUUUUUUGUCUUAUCGGAAAACUUCACAAGUAUGUCUUAAGUAUGAACUGGAAAUGUAUCCCGCGGUAUCCAACAUGCAGAUUUCUUGCGUUAUGAAGACGAAAGAUGCGACAAAGAGGACAUUAGGAGUAAUGUUGGGUGCUUCCGAUGAAAUAAAAAGUAUGCUGGCUGACUCGCACGCUACAUGGACGUAUUGUUGCACAACGAAAAGAAUGUCCGACACAAUCACCGGCAUUCCCCUGAUGUUGACUGCCUUCAACACGACCUGUCUGGCGCAAACUUACGAAGCCGCUGGUAAACCGUAUGGCGACCUUUACCAAGCAGGACAAACGAGACUGCAAGAUGCUCGUCGGCACUGGCCAAUCACGCCAUCCGCUACAGGGCUACUUGAAAUAAUCUUCAGCAAUUUUGCUCCAACUUAUGAGCGGCGAGGAUAUCCAUUCUCUUACGCUGAGGAUUUCGUUCCCGAAAGCUUGAAAGUGUUAAUCAGAAAUCCGCGUAUGGAACGAAAGGACCGUGCUAGUUCACCUGCGGUUGAAAGUUGGCUUCUUAUUAGUUAAGCUCCGCCAGUUUUAAUAGUUAUUAGUCAGCCGUGUGGCGGCUAGCAGUGUU